AUGUGUUCAUGGUCAAUUGAACAAUCAUUAUGGUCGAGUACUAGUUAUCAAAAUGCUUUAUUAACAUAUAUCGGUAGAAUCUAUGGACAGAGAGUUCACAUAUAUCGAAUCUUCACUCAGCUAAAGAAUUCCAUAGAAAGCUUAGAUGAACUCGAUCUACUCAAUCAGUUAAUUGAGAAGACAAAACAACGACAUGCUGCUCAAACAUCACUUGAUAAAUGGGAAGAUAAUUCUCGAAUCAAUCGUCGUAUCAAAGAUCUACAAGUUAUUUUUGAGUUUAAUAGUAAUUAUAAAUCAUCGAACCAUCCAUUCCACGUGACACCAACCGGUUUACAACAGAUUAUAGAUCGACAAAAGAUAAAAUCCUACUUCGAUUUAGGAUGUGGAGAUGGAACUAUUACAGCUGGAAUUGGAGUUUAUUUAGGUUUGACUAAAGAAAAUAUUUUCGGAGGUGAUGUAUAUGAAGGACAAAACAAUGCAAUUACAUUUGUUAAAGUGAAUGAAAAUCAAUCAACUAUCGAUCUUCCUUCCAAUCGUGUUGAUCUUAUUACUUCUUUUGUUACAUUUCAUCAUAUAUCUCAACUUGAAAAAACACUUUCAGAACUUGUUCGUAUUCUUCGACCAGGAGGUUAUCUUAUUAUGCGUGAACAUGAUUGCAAAAAAGAAUAUUCACUUUCAGCCAAAUAUCUUAAUUUUGUUCAUGCCAUCAUGAUGAUUGCACGAGUUGGAGAGUUUGCUGUAUCUACAAAUAAUUAUAAUAGCAAAAAUCAGCAUGGAUUGAAUGAUGACUACGAAAAUAAUAAAGAUAAUUGGACACAGAAAAAAUCAAAUAUUAUUGAAUAUACAAAAUCAAUUCAUUAUCGAACAUGUGAUGAAUGGCAACAGCAACUUAGAAAAAUUGGUUUUCAUCUUUGUGCUACAUUGUAUUAUGGUGUUGAUGGUUCUGGUAAUCCUCAGAAACUGUUUUAUGCUGUUUACCAAUUGGAUAAAAAAUAA